AUGCUUUCUCUCUUUGCAGGUUGGCAGCCAAACUUCAUUGAAGAUGCCGAUAUCAUGGUGUUAGAUGUUUCCAAACUCCUCAAGAAUCAAACUGCCGAGAACACAGCUAUCGCGUACGAGCAGACCGGAGCCAUCACGGCGAGCGGGACCAUGGUCACCGGAAAGAACGAGUGGUAUAGCAUUCAUGUGAUGAAUUAUUGCUUUGGGAACUUCAGCUCCGACGGGUCCCGCACCUUGGAGGGCUGUUCAAAGAGCACGGCCUUCUUCUCAAUCAACCCCGUGUCACUUGCGAAUUCGAAAACACUCGGGCCCUUCCAGAUAUCGUUCUCGCAAACAAUCACCGAUCUUGGCGGCAAGAUCGAAAACGCGUAUCAGGCCGUCUUCUUCUUCCUCUGCACGGGCAUCGCCGCUACUGGUCUUGUCUUCAUACUCGGAAUGAUAAUAGCAAUGGUCGAUGCGCGCAGGUACACUCAUGGCACUCGCGUCUCUUUGUUGAAUCUUGGACUCUCAGCUAUCGCGUUCCUUGGUCUCGGGUUGUCGACUGGAGUCAUUACGGGCGUACUGGUUCAAACGGUGGACAAGAUCAACCAACUCGGCUCCGAUGUCGGCAUCUCAGCAUGCAGGGGCGACAAGUUCUUGUGGAUGGCUUGGUCCUCCACUGUUGUCAUGCUGAUAGUUACCAUUGUCUGGUUCAUGGACUACUAUGUUGAGCGGAAGCUAUUGCUUCGCGAGAUCGAGCAAAUGUACGCCGCAGGGGCUUUUGAGCGCAAUGCUGGGCUCAGAAGGCGAUCAAUGGGGCCGCAACUGGGAGCUGACGUUUCCCCAGCAACUGCAAAAUACCAUAAACGAUUCGUCACCGAAGUUGCAAAGGACGCCUUGGCGCAUGCGGCUGGCAUUGCUAUUGCUGGUGGUGUGACAAAGAUGGUCUAG